CUCAGUGAGGAGGUGCGGCGGCGCCGGAGGGGUGGCGGUUGAGCGGGGAAGUGCAGGGUAGGGUCUCAGGAGCCUCUCUUCCUAGCUGUUGGGGGUGGACCGAGGGGCCCGUCCCGCCCCCGCCUCCCAUCAGCGGUGGGCAGUUUCCUCCCUUGAGCCCCCCAGCGCCGCGGUGAACUCAGCUUGCAUUUGAGCAUGAGUCUUCUUAUGAUUAGUGAAAAUGUAAAAUUGGCUCGUGAAUAUGCUUUGCUGGGAAACUAUGACUCUGCGAUGGUCUAUUAUCAGGGAGUGCUUGAUCAAAUGAACAAAUAUCUGUACUCAGUCAAAGAUACAUACCUUCAGCAAAAAUGGCAACAGGUUUGGCAAGAGAUAAGUGUGGAAGCUAAACAUGUUAAGGAUAUCAUGAAAACGCUAGAAAGCUUUAAAUUAGAUAGCACUCCUUUGAAAGCUGCUCAUCAUGAACUUCCAGCUUCAGAGGGAGAAGUUUGGUCCUUGCCAGUACCUGUUGAACGAAGACCAUCACCAGGACCCAGAAAACGUCAGUCUCCUCAGUAUAGUGACUCUAGAGUCCAUGGUAACCGUCCAAGUGCAGCAGUCAAAAUUCCUCAACGUCCAUCUUCACAAAAUUCUAAUAAUGACAAAGGAAAAGCAGUCCGUUGUCGAGAAAAGAAAGAGCAACAGAAUAAAGGAAGAGAAGAAAAGAACAAAUCACCUGCUGCAAUUACUGAACCAGAGACAAAUAAAUUUGAUGGCACGGGAUACGAUAAAGACUUAGUAGAAGCUUUGGAAAGAGAUAUAAUUUCUCAGAAUCCAAAUAUUCGGUGGGAUGACAUAGCUGACUUAGUAGAAGCUAAAAAGUUACUCAAGGAAGCAGUGGUUUUACCUAUGUGGAUGCCAGAAUUCUUUAAGGGAAUUAGAAGACCAUGGAAAGGGGUGUUGAUGGUUGGUCCACCUGGCACUGGGAAGACUCUACUUGCUAAAGCAGUAGCUACUGAAUGCAAAACAACAUUUUUCAAUGUUUCUUCAUCAACCCUUACCUCCAAGUACAGAGGAGAGUCUGAGAAGCUUGUUCGCCUCCUGUUUGAAAUGGCUCGAUUUUAUUCUCCAACAACAAUAUUUAUUGAUGAGAUAGAUUCCAUUUGUAGUCGAAGAGGAACUUCUGAGGAGCAUGAAGCAAGCCGAAGGGUGAAAGCAGAACUACUGGUUCAGAUGGAUGGUGUUGGAGGGGCUUCUGAAAAUGAUGACCCUUCCAAAAUGGUUAUGGUUCUCGCAGCUACUAAUUUUCCUUGGGAUAUUGAUGAGGCUUUAAGACGACGCCUAGAAAAAAGAAUUUACAUUCCAUUACCAUCAGCAAAGGGCCGAGAAGAGCUCUUGCGAAUAAAUCUGCGUGAACUGGAGUUGGCUGAUGAUGUUGACCUAGCAAGUAUAGCAGAAAAUAUGGAAGGUUAUUCAGGUGCAGAUAUUACCAAUGUAUGCAGAGAUGCAUCCCUGAUGGCCAUGAGGAGGCGCAUUGAAGGUUUGACACCUGAAGAAAUCAGAAAUCUUUCAAGAGAUGAAAUGCAUAUGCCUACAACCAUGGAGGACUUCGGAAUGGCUUUAAAAAAGGUUUCUAAGUCAGUAUCUGCUGCAGACAUUGAAAGAUAUGAAAAAUGGAUAUUUGAAUUUGGAUCAUGCUAAAUUGUUUUUUAAAGUAAACUGUGAGAAACCUGCCUUAUGUUGUUUCAAUAGUAAUGAAAAGUAGUAUUUCAUUGCACUGUUAUAUUUUUUUAAACUUUCAUAAUGAUAAUUAUAAAAGGAACUCAUGAUUCUGAAUAAAUGUAAUUUUUUUAAGCUGCAGGGAAAUUUGACUCAAUUUGUUAUUUUUGCAUUAAAUCUUUUUUACUUAAAAGUAUUUCAUAAUUAACACUUAUUUUAGGCCAUACCUUCAUAUACACUUAGAGAUAACACCUCUUUUUUCAUUGUUUCAUGUAUUAAUAGAGGAAGAAAGCUGAGCAACCACUUUUCAAUCUAAGUAGUAAUGGAGCCAGCUCUAACCUCAGGCUUAUUUGCUCAUGGAUAUAACUUUUAAGAACUGUUUUAUUCAUUUAGGUAAACCAAAGGGGAAAUAACUUGGAACAAAGACCUACACUGCCCUUCUUCCUGCUUGCAGGAUUCUGUGCAAGGCCAGAAGAAGGCUUUCCUUACUUUACCUAUUUCACUAGUCAUUUGAAGAAGUAUGCAAGAGUCUUACCUGGCUCUACUUUCAUGUCCCUGAGUAGUAGGAUGUUGCUGUAAGGGCAGAUGAAUGCUUAUUUUCCAGAGUUUUAUUCAGAACUUAUUCAACUUACUUUGGGAGCUAAAUCUAAGGCAUUUUAUAAAUGAUACAGAAUUGACAAAUCAAAUGAGUUAUAAAAUUUUAAAUGAUUUCAUUUAUAUUUUCCCCUUCUAAAUACAUAGAAUAAAUUUCUAUGUAUAAAUUUGCUUUUAAAUACAUACCAAGGUCCCAUAAAACUAGAACUGGAUAUUUGAGCAUUAGCAGAGACCCUGCCAUCUUCUGGAGACUUUUUUAUGGCUCAAAAUAACUUGUUUCAUUUUGAGGUAUUCCACUGAAAUACCAGUGUUAAUAAAUAUACUUAGUAUUUAAGUCCAUUCAUAUGUUAAUUACAAUGAAAAGCAAAGUCAGAAUAGCUAAGUAAAACCAAGCAGAUCACUACUAGAUUCUUUUAAAACUUUGUAUUGUUUGCUCACUAAAAUUUAGUAAUAUCGUCACUGAUUUAUAUUGCGGGGAAUGAGUCACUAGCAUAAGUUUUGACCUAUCACAACCCAGUAAGUGCAUAUACCCAACUCCUUCCCUCCUCAAGAGAUGUCUUUUGCAGCAAGAAUGUCACCUGACAAUUCCAUUUGGAUCCUGCUAAGU